UAAGGAGCAGCUACCAAAGAAAACCGUACGUGAAAUUCAAUCCCGGCCUAUUUGGAGGCUCUUCGAGUCACGUUCUUGGGGCUCUUCUUUGCUCGCCAGGCUCCCAUAUUUCAAAGAGUUAGUUUUUAUUGCCAAGUUUUCAUAUUGAGCUUAAACUCUUCAGCCUCAACAGUGGUGGACAAAUCGAGACCAUAGACGGUAACUCGUGGAAGCUCGCUAGCUAAUCAAUUCAGCCGAUAAACAAAGAGGCGUUGAACAUCUACGGCUCGAUUAUUUAUAUUUAUCUAUGUGUAAGUUUGGACGCCUGAUAGUCAGUAAAUUGUUGCCAAGUGCACAAGCACAGCUGGGCAAUCUGAAACUAUGUUGAUAUCUCAAUCCAAUGACUACUCUGGGAGUCUCGAGCUAGCUAUUGCCAAGAAGCGAAUUUCCAACAUGUACACCAUGAAAUAGGCAGAGAAAAGCUCACUCCGAGAAAAAACCACCACAAUUCACCGAUUUCUCCAAUAUCGACGAAUUCUUAUACGGGAUCUUUGUGCAUGAUCAUAGAAAAUGGCUUUUCUCUCGUAUAUAAACCAAUAAAAUCUUGGUUUGCAUAGUCUUCUUGCUUCUCAGAGAGAAUGCAUGUAUUGCCGUCGGUCUCCAUUAUGGAUAAUUAAGAACGCGGUGUCAUCUCCAGUCCUCAGAAAUGCGUCUUUAAUUCGAAGAAUAAUUUCUUAUACAUACUCUCAUUUUCUAAGGUUUUUGUUUCUAAUUCUAUCCAUUUUUCUCGGACAAAAUCACAUCUGUUCGAAUCAAGACCAUUAUAUUUUCCGUUUACCACCAUGAUUUUAUCUAUAAUCACAGUGUUAUGUGUCGUCUCGCCUUUAACUAUGGCUGCUUCAACCACGUGUACAACGUCGAACGCAAUUUCUUGGGCCGAGAGUGGUAGUACAACAGGAGGGACAACAAACGGCUCUUCAGGCACAUCUUCAGAUCCUUGUGCCGAAUAUGCAAACAACCCAAAAGCUUUACAGGUAUGCUAUGAUAUGCAAAGCCAAGGUGAAUGCAACGCUGUUGGAGGAUCUGCUUGCGGCGGCGACGAUGACGAUGGCGAGGAGGAGUUGAUUCUAAAGACGCGUGAUACUCUCUCUUGUUAUGACGAUGAGACAUGCUACGAAUAUACCGAUGGAUCAUUGUUCUGUUUGAAUGAAGAAACUGGGGAAUAUGCAGAUGACGCAGGAGGCACUGGAAAUGUCUAUACUGGCGUGUAUACAGCGCCAGAUGGAUCGCAAACGACAGUCGAGGGCGCAUCUGCAACAUCAUCAAAUACUAGAACCUCUAGUAGCAGCGCAACAGAUUUAGAAACAAGAACGACAUCUAGUGCUACCGUAGCUACGUCUUUCCCAAGUUCUUCAAGCUUGAAGCCUGUCGGGGCCAUUGAAUCUGUUACUAGUUCUGCAAGUGGUACUGCACCAACUGUAAACUCGGGUGUCGGAAAAGUCAAGCCUGGGUCUGCCAUGGGAGUCUUGGGCUUGAUCGUAGCACUGAUUUAG